AUGGGUGGAAAGCGAAAGCGUGGCGCCACCAAGCCUGCCUCCAAUGGCGCCCAGCCAAACCAGAAACGCCGCAAGACAGAGAAUCCGACUACCAAUGGCGGUGAUGCAACCCCUCUCGACCUCGAAAAGACCCCCUUCGCCGAGGAAUCCAAUACCGAGAACCGAAAGCGCGAGGCCAGGAUAUACGACCUGCUUGGGAGCGCCGACGGUGACGAGCGGAUCGCCGCCGCCGACGCCCUUAUAACUGCCCUGCUCGCUGGGUCAGAAACCGUUCUUGAGAGGCAUCUGGACAAGCGAUUGUUCCGUGGACUUGCCAGCUCACGCAAUGCUUCCCGCCUUGGGUUCAGCAUGGUGCUGACGGAAAUAUUGAGGCAGCUAUUUGGAUCGAACAACCUCAACGAGUCCAAAUUUCCCGCCCUGACCUUCGACAAGGUGCUGGGCAUCUUGAUCGAGAAUACCAGUGCUGGCGGCAACCUUCCUGGCCAAGAAGAGAGGGACUUCUAUUUCGGGCGGCUAUUUGGCCUGCAAUGUUUCGUCGGAUCGGAGAUCCUGUUUGGCGACGAGACAAGAUGGCCGAAAGUUCUGGACCUACUCCUGCAGAUGGCCAACAAGAAGGUCUGGAUGCGGUCGCACUGCGGUUGGGUUAUAUUGGAAUCUGUGCCGCAGAUGGGACAGGCUGGGGCCGAGGAGACUCUGGAGAAGCUGGCCGAUAUUGGACUCGGCAAGACAGCCGAAGGUGUCGGCAUUUGGCUGCGGGCUCGGAGUUGCUAUACUGGCAUGAAAGCGCCCACGACGCCCUGGGAAGAUCCGUUGAGCCCUGGCGUCCUGCCCGAAAUCGCUCGAGUGCUGAAAGAGAAUGUCGCUCAAGACACCGGAGAAGACCAGGCGUCGGCAAAAAUGAAGCAGAAGCAGAGUAAUUGGACAGCACAAGUGCACUUUGUGUGGGACAUCAUUCUUGAGACCUUCUUGGCACAGAAGAAGCAAGCCAAAGACCAGUUCAAACUCUUCUGGACUGCUGUCAUUGAUGAUGGACUCUUCUCUAAGACCGCUUCUGAUGGUCAGAAAUUUCGUGGCUUCAUGAUAUUCCAAAAGUUCCUUCACGGACUCGCACCGAAUGAGAAGUUGGUCAGGGAACUUUUCGCCCGGAAUUUCAUGAAAUGUCUCAUGAACCAAGCUGCCAUCGAGGACAGGUAUCUUCACCGGGCAGCCUUGAAGAGCCUGCAAUCAAUGGAGAAGGUCGUGGAGGCUUUCCCAGAGCUCUUGAUACCUGUCAUCAAGGAGCUUAUCGGCAAAUCUGGCACAUACGACUUCGAUCAGCGGACCAAUACCAAGACCAUCGAGAACCUGCUUCAAUGGGCCACUCCGACUAAUUCGAAGAAGGUCCUCAAGCUACUUCGUGGCCCGGUCACUGCCAUGGAUGAGGCUUCCGGCGAUGUUGAGAAGUUUAGACAAGCUUACGCUGAUUAUGUCUUCAAAUUGGCCACACAGGCAAAGGAAUCCCCCAACGACACCGAUAACGCUGAUAGUAAAAGCGCCUUGGAGGUCGGGGUCAAGGAGCUGGCGGCGUGUGCGUACUCCAUUCAAAGGGAAUCCACUCCAGAACUAUCGGACAAGACGCGCGAAGUGUUCCGUAGACGGCUCGCGUCGGCAUUUGCAAAGGUCACCAAACAGCGAGAAAACACAGAGUACCUCUGCAGUGCUGUCAUCUCGGUCGAACCUUCCGCUGUGUCCAUGAGUGGCGAGCUUGUGGAUGAGCAAAUAGCUGCUUUGAAGGCCAUGAAGAAGUUACUCAAGCCCCGCAAGAAAUCGGAGGCUUCGCAGGCAGAGGCGUCCCUCAGCAUCGCUCUGUUGUAUGCAACCACCCUUCUGCAGCUGUACGACGGUGCCCCAGAUGCAAUUAGCAUCCUGCAAGAUCUACGGGGAUGUUCUGAGAAGAUGAAAAGCAAGGAAGAUGGUCUGUCGGAGCUGUUAGUAGAAAUACUACUUGCUCUGGUCUCCCGUCAGUCUCCUAUGAUGCGGCAGAUUAGUGAGCAAGUUUUCGAGGCAUUCACACCGCAGGUUUCGUCUGAGGCUCUCGUACUCCUCACCGAACCUCUCGUAGCAGAGGAGAACUCCAAGGGCUUCCAAGCUCUAUUUGAAAACCUCGACGAGGAGGAUGUAGAGAUGGACGAUGAUGAAGGGUCAGCUUCCAGUGGAGAAGAAGACGACGACGAGGAUGAGAUAUCCGAGAUCGGCUCCGACGUUGAAUUCGUCACACUGAAUGAGGCAGACGGCGAGACCGAAGGGGAUGACGACGACAAUGAUGACGAGGAUGAGGACGAGGACAAGAACGAGCAGUAUGAGGCGGAAGCUCAGGAACUUGCAAACCUCGAAGAUGCUCUGGGUAAAGUGCUCGGGAGCCAUCGUCUCGACAAAGACGAAGACGCCGAGUCAUCUGAUGAUGAUUCAGACAUGUCGGACUCGGAUAUGAUGGAGCUAGACAGUAAACUUGUCGAAGUCUUCAAGCAGAGGGCCAAGAGCACGAAUCAGAAGAAGGACAAGAAGGAUGCCAAGGAGUCAAUCGUCGUCUUCAAGCAUAGAGUUCUUGACCUGCUGAGCAUUUACGUCAAGAAAGAAGCUUCGAACCCUUUGGCCUUCAACAUCCUACUACCACUUCUGGAACUUGUACGAACCACCACAGUCAAGGCUCUCGCCAGCAAGGCGAUUACAAUUAUAGGCGAUUUCUCAAAGGCCUCCAAGAAGGCACGGAGCAAGGACAUGAAGAUCGACACGGAAGAACAGCUGCGAUUGCUGAAGGAAACCCACCAGGAGGCAUCAAAGGGCCCGUCUCAUGCUUUUGCAAAGGCCGCGUCUACGGCGAGUUUGCUGGUUGCGUCGAGCUUGUAUGUGGCGGACCACGCGAAUGCCAACAGCAUCAACGACGUCUACGCCCAGACGUUCUCGGACUGCCAGAAGGGGGUGAUCAAGAUGCAGGGCGUGUUCUUUACCGACUGGCUCAACUGGGGCAUGGGCUAUGCGAACAAUGUCCAAGCGAGUUGA